GCCACGGCCCCGGCGCGUGCUGAUCUACCGACCCCAUCCUCGGACGCUGGUACUUGCGAACACCCUCGCUUUUCUGUCUUCUCCUUUAGUGCCCUGCGGAGCCCGCCACUAUUCUCUCCACGACGUGCUGCCCUGCGCCUGCAAGCAUGUGCCGCACCCUGGCCACCUUCCCCAACACCUGCUUGGAGAGAGCCAAAGAGUUCAAGACACGUCUGGGGAUCUUUCUUCAUAAAUCAGAGCUGAGCUCCGAUACCGGGGGUAUCGGCAAGUUCGAGUGGGCCAGUAAACAUUGCAAAGAGAGAAGCUUCUCAGAAGAUGUACUGGGAUGGAGAGAGUCUUUUGAUUCGUUGCUGAGCAGUAAAAAUGGGGUGGCGGCCUUCCAUGCCUUCCUGAAGACGGAGUUCAGCGAGGAGAACCUAGAAUUCUGGCUGGCCUGCGAGGAGUUCAAGAAGAUACGAUCAGCCACCAAAGUAGUCUCCAGGGCUCACCGCAUCUUUGAUGAGUACAUUCGAAGUGAAGCCCCUAAAGAGGUGAACAUAGAUCACGAGACCCGAGAGCUGACCAAGACCAACCUACAGGCGGCCACUGUCAGUUGCUUCGACGUGGCUCAGGGGAAGACUCGCACCUUGAUGGAAAAGGACUCCUAUCCGCGCUUCCUCAAGUCACCUGCUUACCGGGACCUGGCUGCCCAAGCCUCCACCACCUCCACCUCUGCAUCUAGCAGCAGCCCAGCUGAGCCUUCACAUACCUGAGCCUUCACAGCAACAAAGAAGCCAGCAGGAAGAGAGGUGGAGUCACCCACAUCCCUGAAGCAGCUGCCCCCUGUGGAAGACAGGUCCUGCCCAGCAAGUGCGAGAGGACAGUGAAGGGAUGGACGGUCCCCCUCCCCCA